CUAAGAGGGACCAGACAUCAAUCCAGGUUCUCCAAAUCUUUCUGAACAAGUCUCUCAUAUUUCAAACUUGAAAAUUUGGACAGCCUGCCAAAAAUCACUGAACAGUGUGAGGCCAGGCUCAUGCUGCUGCUGGAGUGGGAGUGAGGAGAUUCAUCUGGAAUACUGUGUGCAGUUCUGGUCUCCCAUGUUUAAGAAGGAUGAAUUCAAACUGGACCAGGUACAGAAAAGAGCUACUAGGAUAAUCUGAGGAAUGGAAAACCUGUCUUAUGAAAGGAGACUCAAAGAGCUUGGCUUGUUUAGCCUAACCAAAAGAAGGCUGAGUAGAGAUAGGAUUGCUCUUUAUAAAUAUAUCAGAGGGAUAAAUAUCAGGGAGGGAGAGGAAUUAUUUAAGCUUAGUACCAAUGUGGACACAAGAACAAAUGGAUAUAAACUAGACAUUAGGAAGUUGAGACUUGAAAUUAGAUGAAGGUUUCUAACCAUUAGAGGAGUGAAGUUUUGGAACAGCCUUCCAAGGGGAGUAGUGGGGGCAAAAGACAUGUCUGGCUUCAAGACUAAGCUUGAUAAGUUUAUGGAGGGGAUGGUUUGAUGGAUAGCCUAAUUUUGGCAAUUAAUUGAUCUUUGAUUAUUAGCAGGUAAAUAUGCCCAAUGGUCUGUGAUGGGAUGUUAGAUGGGGUGGGAUCUGAGUUACUACAGAGAAUUCUUUCCUGGGUACUGGCUGGUGAGUCUUGCCCACAUGCUCAGGGUUUAACUGAUCGCCGUAUUUGGGGUUGGGAAGGAAUUUUCCUCCAGGGCAGAUUGUCAGAGGCCCUAGAAGUUUUUCGCCUUCCUCUGCAGCGUGGGGCACGGGUCACUUGCUGGAGGAUUCUCUGCACCUUGAGGUCUUUGAACCACGAUUUGAGGACUUCAAUAAACUCAGACAUAGGUUAGGGAUUUGUUACAGGAGUGGGUGGGUGAGAUUCUGUAGCCUGCAUUGUGCAGGAGGUCAGACUAGAUGAUCAUAAUGGUCCUUUCUGACCUUAAAGUCUAUGGCCUGGUCUACACUAGGAGGUUGUGUCGAAUUUAGCAGCGUUAAAUCGAAUUAACCCUGCACCCGUCCACACAACGAAGCUAUUUAGUUCGACAUAGAGGUCUCUUAAAUUCGAUUUCUGUACUCCUCCCCAAUGAGGGAAGUAGUGCUAAAUUCGAUAUGGCCAUGUCAAAUUAGGGUAGGUGUGGAUGGAAAUCGACGCUAAUAGCUCCGGGAGCUAUCCCACAGUGCACCACUCUGUUGACACUCUGGACAGCAGUCCGAGCUCUGUUGCUCUGACCAGCCACACAGGAAAAGCCCCGGGAAAAUUUGAAUUCCUUUUCCUGUCUGGGCAGUUUGAAUCUCGUUUCCUGUUUGGACAUCGUGGCAAGCUCAGCAGCACUGGCAACGAUGCAGAGUUCUCCAGCAGAGGUGACCAUGCAAUCGCUGAAUAGAAAGAGGGCCCCAGCAUGGGCCCAUUGGGAAGUCUUGGAUCUGAUCGCUGUGUGGGGUGAUAAGUCCGUGCUUUUGGAGCUGCGAUUGAAAAGACGGAAUGCAAAAAUCUACGAGAAGAUCUCAAAAGCCAUGACAGAGAGGAUACAGCCGGGAUGCAACGCAGUGCCGCGUGAAAGUCAAGGAGCUGAGACAAGCGUACCAGAAGACCAAAGAGUCAAAUGGACGCUCCGGAUCCCAGCCCCAGACAUGCCGUUUCUACAAGGCACUGCAUUCCAUUCUAGGUGUGGCCGCCACCACUACCUCACCACUGACUGUGGACUCUGAGGAUGGGAUAUUGUCGACAGCCGCUUCUUCAGAGAUGUUAGCGGACGGGGAAGAUGAAGGAGGACGAGGCAGUCGACAGCGCUUACAACACUGAUUUCCCAGACAGCCAGGAUCUCUUCAUCACCCUCACAGAGAUCCCCUACCAACCGUCCCCAGGCGUUAACCUGGACCCUAAAUCAGGGGAAAGAUCAGUCGCUGCGAAUGUCUCCCGACCUACCCUGCCAUCCCCCUCGCAGAGGCUGGCGCAGAUUAGGCGUAGAAAGAAAAGGACACGGGACGACAUGUUCUCAGAACUUAUGGGCUGCUCCCGAGCCAAGUUGACACAGCAGACCCAGUGGAGGGAGAACAUGUCGCAAUACCAGCGAGCACACAGCGAACGGGAGGAGAGGUGGCGGCAGGAAGACCAGCAGGCGACUCAAACGCUGCUUGGACUAAUAAGGGAGCAAACAGACACGCUCCGGCGCCUUGUGGAUGUUCUGCAGGACCGGAGGCAGGAGGACAGAGCCCUGCUGCAGUCUCUCUCUCUAACCGCCAUCCCCCGCUACAGAGUCCCAUACCCCCCCUCACCCAAAGUCCCAAGAAGGAGGGGUGGCAGGUGCCGUGAAAACUGUCACUCCACCCCUGCAGACUGCUCAAGUAGCAGAAGGCUCUCAUUCCCAAAAAUUUGAUAAGUCCUUUCCUUCCCGCUUCACCCAAGCCCCCGUCCCAGUUUCAUCCCUUAAGUGUGUAGUUGUUAAUAAAAGAUAUG